CAGCUGGAGAAGGGCUCGGUGUUGUGACGCCCCACGUGUGUUCUGCACGAAUAUAAAUAACACGCGCGCGCGCGCGAGCAAACACAGCUGACAAGCGCUUCAACCUUUCAGACACAACAAAAUGCCAAUUUUCAGCGGUUUCCCGCAUCAGCACGUCCUGGCAGUGAGGUUUAAUCCGCGGGUGAAUGGCAUGACGGUGUAACGCGAAAUGUUUGGAUGACCUUCUCCUCGGAAGCGGUGGGAACGACAAUGUCUACGGUUUUUCCAGUUUCACUUCAGGCAGCUGGAAGCCGCAGAUCAUAAAGCGACUCCUUACGGACGAGUGCCUUAAAUAUCACUGUCAUCAUUUGUCACGAUGGACUGUCUGUCGCGCAAUGCGUACUGGCCUCUUAUUCGCUUUCUGCUGCCGCUAGCCAUUACUAAUAUAGCCAUCGACUUCGGAGAACAGGCUCUAAACAGGGGCAUCGCUUCUGUGAAAGAGGACAGGGUCGAGAUGUUGGCCAGCUAUGGCCUGGCAUACUCGCUUAUGAAGUUCUUUACCGGACCCAUGAGCGACUUCAAAAAUGUCGGACUCGUGUUUAUCAACAGUAAGAAGGAGAGAACCAAGGCAGUCCUCUGUAUGGUUGUGGCUGGGGUCAUUGCCAUCAUCCUUCACAUCCUAAUAGCUUACACCGAUCUGGGCUACUACAUCAUUAACAAGCUCCACCAUGUGGAUGAUUCAGUAGGAAGCAAGACAAGAAAGGCUUUCCUGUACCUUGCGGUAUUCCCAUUAUUAGAUGCAAUGGCGUGGAUUCAUGCUGGCAUCCUCCUCAAACACAAGUACAGCCUGCUGGUGGGAUCUGCCUCUAUAUCUGAUGUUGUUGCACAGAUAAUAUUUGUGGCGAUUCUUCUCCAGAGCAACCUAGAAUGUCUAGAGCCUCUUCUCAUUCCCAUUCUCUCCCUGUACAUGGGAGCUCUGGUGCGAUUCACUAUCGUAGGACUGGGCUACUACUGUAACGUCCACGACAAUAUCCCUGAAUCAAACAGCAUUGAACAGGGGGGCGACACCACUAUAAGGAAGAUGCUAAGUUUCUGGUGGCCGCUUGCCCUCAUUUUGGCUACUCAGCGCAUCAGCAGGCCCAUUGUCAAUUUGUUUGUCUCUCGCGACCUCAAAGGCAGCACUGCAUCGACUGAAGCAGUAGCAGUACUCACAGCAACAUAUCCGGUUGGUCACAUGCCCUACGGCUGGUUAACAGAACUACGUGCGGUCUAUCCAGCAUUCGAUAAGAACAACCCUACUAAUAAGUUAGCCAGUGGUCUGACAGUCACCAAAACGCAUAUCAAGAGGUUCACCCUUUGCUGUUUUCUCCUCUCCUUAACGAUGUGUUUCAUUGUAUUCUGGACGCCUCAUGUUUCUGAACGCAUCCUGGUAGAUGUCAUUGGGGUGGAUAUGGCCUUCGCACAGCUUUGCAUUGUACCACUGCGAGUCUUUUCCUUCUUCCCUGUGCCUGUUACAAUUCGAGCUCAUAUUACGGGCUGGUUAAUGACGUUAAAGAGAACUUGUGUGCUGGCGCCUAGUUCAGUUCUGCGCAUCGCUGUGCUCAUCACCAGCCUUCUGGUGCUGCCUUACAUGGGAGUGCAUGGCGCCACGCUUGGAGUGGGGUCUUUAUUAGCGGGAUUCAUGGGGGAGUCCACCAUGGUCGCAGUGGCUGCCUGUUAUGUGUACCAAAAACAGAAGAAAACCCCAGAAGCAGAAAUGGUUGUGGAGGACAACUCUUCCCCGAUGUAUGAAGUCACCUCCAGGACAGAGCCAGAUGUCACUGAAGAGGCUGACAAUGAGCGGGUGGAAACAGAAGAUGAAUGAAUCAGGGCGUGGAAAGAAAAACGAGGACGGAAGAUACGUGUUUUCAUUUCAUUUGCAGCACAGUGUAUUGGAUUUUUGACAACGAGAGGCAACUAGUAAUUUAUCAAUAUACUUUUUUUUUUUUUUUUUUUUUACAUUUCUACAAUCUCUCCAUUAACCCCAGUGGAAUUGCCGGCUCGAUUGAUGUUUGUAUGGGGUCGAAUUAGCUGAUUUGCAUGUCUACAUCAACUGCACUCCUGCACUUUUUGCACUGAGGCAUAUUUACACAGAUGUCUUCCAAAGUUCCUGUUCUGCAGCCUGUGACCAUUUUUGCCAAAUUAGACCAUUACAAUCAGAAAACAAAUCCUGAGAACAGAAGGACUCAUCAAGACCAGGCUUGAAAGAUGUUUUAAUGACAGAACUGUUAUCUGAACUUUGACCCUGAGACACACUGUCUCUUUCUUGCCUUGAGAUGCACAAUAGAUAGUUACACUUUUGAGUGUAUAAAAACUUGCUCAAAAAGAAUUUAUUUUACUGGCUUGGGGCACAUGCUAGAUUUGAUUGUGUUCGAUGUCAGUUGAAUUAUUUUUGUAUUCACUGCGUUAAUUUAGGUUUUGUACACUUUGCAAAUGCCACUGUGGUGACAGGUCUGAAGAUCACUAUUCGAUAUAUACAAAAUAUUUAUUUGACCUUUCGUGAAAGCAUGAAUAGAUCGUUUUUGAUCCAAUAUUUUGUGUUGGGACCACAUUAUAGAAUCCAUUUUGUUUUUUCAUUUUUCAUGUAGAAAAUGUAUGUUUUGUUUUCAAGAUCUGUUUUGUCAAAUGAUUAAAUGGAAUGCAGUUUAUGCAGUUUUUAGGUACUUGUUUA